AUGUCUGAUUGGGAUUCCACUACUGUUAUUGGUCAGAAAGUUAGAGCUGGUGGUUCUGGUCCAAGAGCUAACGUUGCUAGAACUCAAGGUCAAAUUAAUGCUGCUAGAAGACAAGGUCUUGUCUUGUCCGUCGAUAAGAAAUACGGUACUACCAACAUCAAGGGCGACACUGAAGGUCAAAGAUUGACUAAGAUUGAUAGAGAAACUGAUAUUGUUAAGCCAAAAAAAUUGGAUGCUUCUGUAGGUAAGGCAAUUGCAAGAGUUAGAACUGAAAAGAAAUUGUCUCAAAAGGAUUUGGCUACUAAGAUCAAUGAAAAACCCACUGUUAUCAACGAUUAUGAAUCCGGUAGAGCUAUUCCAAACCAACAGAUUUUAAACAAAUUGGAAAGAGCUCUAGGUGUGAAAUUAAGAGGUAAGAGUAUCGGUGAACCAUUAGGCGGUCCAAAGAAGAAGUAA